AUGCAGACUUCCGUGCAGGGUGGUGUUCUGGAAAGUGUUUUGCCACGUUGUUUCAGAAAUUCCGUUGGGGAUUUCACGUGGGAAAUAUUGUCACCAACAAUACCGAUAAGGGUCGUUUUAUUUAACUCUCUGGACCGGUUUAACCAUGGAGCAUGCAAGGCUGCGCUGGCUGCUGCUGCUGCUGCUGCUGGCCCAGAUGCACACACUUUCAUGCAAAGACAGGAUUUCAAUAUGGGGAUCGGUUGCCAUGGGGAAUCCAGCACUCGUGUGGGGGAUUACUCGCCCGGGGUAGCUCCUAGUCUUGUGUCCAGAUCGAGACUGUUCAACAAGGAACUUACAAAAAGGAACGAGACUGGGGUUGUGUUGAGGAGGGGUCCUAACCUGACCCUUGAACCCUGGCCUCUAGCUCUUCUUAGGCUUGCGGGGGGGCAUGAGUGA